GCCUAUGUGAGACAACGAGGCGGACGUCCGGUCUCUUUCCCGUGGCGGACCAUCGUAGGGUGGGCUAAACAAGAUGAAGCUCAACAUCUCAUUCCCCGCUACUGGCUGCCAGAAGCUGAUCGAAGUUGACGAUGAGCGUAAGCUGCGUACCUUCUACGAGAAGCGUAUGGCUACUGAAGUGCCUGCAGACCCCCUGGGAGAUGAGUGGAAGGGUUACAUGGUGCGCAUCAGUGGCGGUAACGACAAGCAGGGCUUCCCCAUGAAGCAGGGUGUGCUGACCCACGGUCGCGUGCGUCUGCUGCUCAGCAAGGGGCACUCCUGCUACCGCCCCCGCAGGACCGGCGAGCGCAAACGCAAGUCUGUCCGUGGCUGCAUUGUGGAUGCCAACCUCAGCGUCCUCAACUUGGUCAUCAUCAAGAAGGGCGAGAAGGAGAUUCCCGGCCUGACCGACAGCACCGUCCCUCGCCGCCUGGGACCCAAGAGAGCCAGCAAGAUCCGCAAGCUCUUCAACCUGUCCAAGGAGGAUGAUGUCAGACAGUAUGUUGUCAGGAGACCCGUGACUAAAGAAGGCAAGAAGCCCAGAUCCAAGGCCCCCAAGAUCCAGAGGCUGGUGACCCCCCGCGUGCUGCAGCACAAGCGCCGCCGCAUCGCCCUGAAGAGGCAGCGCACCCUGAAGAACAAGGAGGAGGCGUCCGAGUACGCCAAGCUGCUGGCCAAGAGGAUGAAGGAGGCUAAGGACAAACGCCAGGAACAGAUCGCCAAGAGGCGUCGCCUUUCCUCCCUUAGGGCCUCUACAUCCAAAUCUGAGUCCAGCCAAAAGUAAACUAUGGAAAAAAAAAUAAAAAACAUUUUUUGCUGAAA